AUGUUUAAUUCCUCUGACGGACCGCUCUUUCCUUCCCCGCCGCCUCUCGAUGGAUUCUACCCACCGCAAAUGCCGCCGCAUGUGUCGCCACGAGGGGGGAAUCCUGCCGCGUCCGGCGCCGGCCAUCUUCCGUUCCACCCGCCGUUUGACACGCCGUACGACGCGGCGUAUGAUCCGGCGUACGAAGCGGCGUACGAUGCGGUGUAUGACGUGGCGUACGAUGCGGCGACGUACGACAUGGUGAUGGUUCCAAUGAUGAUGGGUAACGCGCCGCCUUCUCCUCCUGCUUCCUUCUUCGAGGCACCGCCUAUCACGACGGGCUAUCAGCGGAAGGGAAAUCGACAGCAGCAGCAACACCAGCAGCAGCAUCACCAGCCGUACUUCCAUCAUUCUCACCAACCGUUGCCUCACCCGCCGCACUUUGCGCCGCAUCUUCCGCCGCCUUACAUCCACCACGGUUCUAUGAUGAUGCAGCGCCCGCCGCCGUUGCACGCGGCGGCGUUCGCGGCGGCAGAGCGCGGCGGCGUCGGCGGCUCUCGCGGCAUGAUGCACGUGCGGCAGCACGCGCCGCACGCCCCGCAUAUCCCGGGCGCUCUCUGCGACUAUGAGGACCCUAGCUACUAUUCCACGCUUUAUUUCCGGCCGGAGGUGCAGGUGGUGGUGCUGACGUCAAGAAUCAAGGACAAGGUAUCCCCGCUAGAGAAGACGCGCUGGCUGGACCAGCACUUGUCGUACCGCAUAUGUCCCUACCCCAUACGCCAUAUCGAGUUCACUCAUGCCGGGGAUGCAGUUAUUGAGUUCGUAUCGCACGUUGCGAUGAUGAAAGCACUCCAACGCGCGCCCUUGCACUGGGACUCCCCUUGCGCCACACCCGCUGCUGCUGCUUCCGCUGCUGGUGCCACUGCUGCUCCUGCCGGCAGCAAGAGCGGGUGGCAAGCCUACCUGGAGACUUUAUCAACAACUACACCAGCGACAGCAGCGAUACAAGCAACAGCACCAACACAAGCAACAGCACCAGGAUCAGCAGCAGCAGCAGCAGGGAGGCGAGGCAGGCAGGUGGUGGCAGUGCGGGCGUGCACGGAGGACGAUAUCCGGGCGCUCUUCUGGGUGGGGCUCUCCUUCCCCUCCGUCAUCCCACUCGCCGACGCUCUGCCGCUGAUCAAGCAGGCCCUACAGCCGUAUGGUGAGGUGAGAGGGGUGUACUCGCCUCAUCCUAGCUCUUUGGAGUUUGAACAAAUGCAUGGGGGAGGGCAGCAAGUGCGGAAGGUGCAGCAGGAACAACAGGAGAAAGAGAAGAACAUUGGGAGCAAGGAUGAGGAGGAGGGGAGGGAAGAAGAGGAGGAGGAGGAGGAGGAGGACGACGAGAAGAAGGAGAAUGACAAGGAGCUCUACUUCGCCCCCUCCGGUCGCCGUCACUUGCCCCCAACACUGCACAUCGGCAAGCAUGACAGGCGCAACAAGGCUCGUCACCCUCUCAUUGCACGUCUCUUCACACCUCACGGUCCUCUCUCCAUCACGUGUGCUGACUUUGGCCCCAACCACUCCGUGCACGGCUGUCCCGCGUGCGAAAUGCACCAGCAGCAGCAGCAGCAGCAGCACCAGCAGCAGCAACAUCAUGUGUGCGGUGCUUUCAGUGACUUCUGGGAAUCGUAA